AUGUGCACGGGGGACCUGUGGUUUCCUCCACUCAAGAAAUUAGAAGACACAGUCCUGAGCCCAGAGGCCAAAAGAGAAGACCGAGCCCUAACAGUCCAGGGUGAGGGCAGACAGGCCAUACCCACGCCGGUCCCCGCCAGGAUUCGGCAGAUUGUCACUGGCAGUCUGGUGGAGGAUCCCCUCCAAGGUCUCUGGGAAGUGCCUUCUAGAGUCAGCGUGCAAGAAGAAAACCAGCUCUUGCAGGAUGAGCUCUCGAGGCUCGAGGACCUCUUGGCCCAGACCCGGGCCGAAAGGGAUGAGUUUGCCAGCAAACACCAUGCAGUCAGUGAGAGGCUGGACAAGGCUCUGCGGGUGGAAGCGGGACAGCGCCAGGGAGAGAGCAGCCCGACUAUCUGGCAAAUGAAGCGUAAAAUGGAGGAGGCCGAGAGGGCCAGCCAGAGGAAGCUCCAGGCCUACCAGGAGGGCCAGCAACACCAGGCCCAGCUGGUCCAGAGGCUUCAGAGCAAGGUAUUACAGCUCAAGCAGAAAUGUGGGGAGCUGGAGCAGCAGCUGAUGGCGAGGACCUCGGAAUGCGAGCACCAGAAGACGAUGAUGCAGACAAAACUCAAGUCAGCAGAAUUCCGGCUGCGCCAGUCAGAACAUGAGUUCAGCUCAGACUUGGAGGAAGCCCUCGCCCGCCUGGAAGAAGAAGAACAGAGGAGCUCAAGCCUUUCCCAAGUGAAUGCUCUUCUCCGGGAGCAGCUAGAACACGUGAGAAAGUCCAAUGAGAGGCUGACAGAGGAGCAAGGGAAGAUGGAGAACAGCAUGAGCAGGCUGAGGGAUGAGCUGGAACAGAAAGAGCUCCAGCGGUGGAAGGAGAAAGAGAGCUCGGAGGCGCUCUUGUGGAAAGAACCAAGAGGGAUCCUAAUUCUGUGGAGACACGCCGUGGUCCUCCGGAGCGACUUCGCCGAGCUCCAGGCAGCCGCUGAGAGAGGGCUAACGGAUAUGAAGUCUGACCUGGCCAGGACCGCACGCCGGCUGCAAACCGCCUGCCUCAGGCUCGACUCCAACCUGCGGCUGUCAGAGAGCCACGCGCUCUCCUCCCUGGAGAAGCAAACCCGAAACAGCGUCUGGCUGGAGCAGCAGCUGCGGGACAAGGUGCGGGAGAUGAUCCAGCUUCAGAGCCGCUGGGAUGCCGAAAAAGUUGGGCUCACUUCCAGGCUCACAGAGCUGACUCUGCUAGAAGAAAGGCUCCAGGAGCAAAAUGCUAAGAAAGAGAAGGCCAUAUCUUCCCUGAAACUGGACCUGCAGAAGCUGGAAUCCACACACACCGGCGACCGCCUGGAAGCGGAGGCUUUAAAGGAUGAAGUGGAGUCUCUGCAUCAUGUUUUAAACCACAUCACAAAGCUAGUUCUAGCCGAUGCUGAGAAUGUAGCCCUUCCCUCGGCAGAGAACAUAAGGGAUGGAAGGAAGGAAGAGCCUGGAAGACAGACAUCCCCUCUGCACUCCGGUUCCUCUCCUCCGCAGCAGGCAUCCCUGCCUCAGCCCUGCUCCCCUCUAUACCAGGAUGCAUCUGUGCAGGCCAUCCGGGGAGCCCUCCAAAAGAGACAUCAACAGGAACAGGAGCUGCGGCUGCAGCUAGAGUCCUCUCAGGCCACCGUGACGAUGCUCCGGAAACAGCUGGCAGACCGUCAGAGAGAGGUCCAGGCCACAGAACAGCAACUACAGGAGCAGAGACAAGAGCGAGAAGAGCUGUUGGGGAAAUUGGAAGAACAGAGGCAAGACCUGGAAGGCUGCAAAUCCUCCAAAGAGAUGUUAAAAAGGGAGAAGGAGACUUUGGAGACGGAGAUGCAGGACUUGACGCGAAGGGCAGAGCUUUCCUCCCUGGAGACAGAAAGGCUCAGAGCCACCAACGCAGAUCUUCAGAGGCGGCAGAGCCUCCUGGAGCAGCGGCAGGAGGAGAUGUCAAGGAAGGAGGAGAGGAGGCAGAAGGAGCUGGACACGAGCCAGAGGAGCAUGAAGCAAUUAGAGGAGAAGAUCUCAAGCCUGAAGAAGGAGCUGCUGAUGGUGAAGGAAUUCCUGAGCCAGGCCGUCCUGGAAAAGGAGGUGCUGGCGAGCCAGAAGGAGGGGCUGCGCUGCUCUCUCACCCAGGCAGAGGCCAACAGCACUGAGCUGGAGUCCUUAAUAACCAAGAUGAGAGCUAAAGACACAGAGCAGAAGGACUCCCUGGUCAAGAUGGCGGCCCUAACGGAAAGUCUGGCUCAAGACAAGGUCAACCUGAACCGCUUGAUCCUACAACUGGAACAGGAGAAGAACCAGUGGUUAGAGCAGCAGUGGCAGCUGGAACAAGAGGUGAACCGCCUCCAAAGUCAGAUUGCUCAUCUGGAUCAGGAGCUGGACCACAUCCAGAGGGAAAAGAAGGGCAUGGACCAAACCUUGCAGAUGGCUGAGGAGAAAAGAGGGAACCUCGAGGAAGAGAUGCUCGUGCUCCAGAAAGAGAAGAGCCAACUGCAUGAGCAGCUCAUACAGGUAAGCUGUCAGAAACACACUUUGGAAGGGCAACUAGACCAGAGCCAGCAAGAGAUACAGCUGCAGGCUGAUUCCCUCCAGCAAACAAUGCUCGAAAAAGAAGAAAUGGCCAACGAGAAAACAAGACUUGUGCACCAGCACACGUCCCUGGAAAGGCAGAAUCAAGUCAUAGUGGAGGAGAGGGCUGUUCUCAGGGCUGAGAAGGAGUCCCUGGAAAGCAACCUCUUCUCCACCCAGCAGCUGGUGGCUCAACUGGAAACCCAGAAGGAGGAGCUGGAAGAAGAGUGUCAAAGGCUGCUCCUGUCAAAGCAGGUGCUUCAAGUGGAAGUGGAGAAGACCAAAAGUGAACUGGAGACCCAAGAGACCAAGAUGAAGUGGGAGGCAGAACUACUCAAGCAGCAGAUGGCCCAGCUGGAAGAAGACACUCAGCUUUCCCUCAAGAAACAGGCAUUAGCUCAUGGGGAAGACGUUGGACGUCUGAGAAAAGAAAAGGAGAGUCUGUGCCAAGCAUUGACUGAAGAGAAGGAGGCUGCCAUACGCCAAAUGAUGCAGGAAAAAGAAGAAUUGCUCUCAAAAUAUGAAGCUGAACGGGAAAAUCUAAAUGAAAAAAUCCUCAGUGUGAAACGGGAGCGAGAUGAAAGCCUUCUCCAAAUGGAACAUGAGAAGCAGAAGGCCUUGUCUCUAAAGGAAACUGAGAAAAAUAUGAUGUAUGAGGAGCUCCUGGAAACCCAACGGGAACUCGAGGAUGCCAAGCUGGAGGCUGAACGAGUGAAACAGCAAGCUCUGAGGCGGCAGGAGCAAGACAAGAACACAGUAGCCAGAAUCGGCAAAGAGCUGAAGGCCUUCCAAGUCCAGUUUGACGCUUCCAUGGAGACCCACCAGGAAGAGGCCAAGGCCUUGAACCAGCGAAUAAAGGAACUGGUCAGAGAGAAGAGCACCAUCGACAAAGAGGCUGAAGAGUUGAAAACUCAGCUUCUCCAGGUGGAGGAGGGUCAGGAAAGGGCACGCAGGGAGCUGGCUGAGGCACAGCAUGAGCUACGGGAGACCAAAGAGGACCGAGCCCUGGAGCGCAAGGAAAUGAUGGCCACUCGCCAAGCCCUGGAGGAUGAGACCCGAGAAAAGGACAUCCUGCAGAUCUCUAAUGUUGGGCUUCGGGAGGCCAUCAAGAAGCUUGAGAAUGAAAAGAUCAGUUUUAAGAGGUCCAAAGAGGAGAAGGAACAAAAGCUCAUCAUCUUGGAGGAAGCCAAAGCGUUGGUCCAGAAAGAGGCCGGAGAGCUCAGGGUGUACCUCCGGGAGGUGGAGAAGUCAAGAAUGGAGGCCCGACGGGAGCUCCAAGAACUUCGAAGACAGGUAAAGACCAUGGAGGGUGAGCUGGAGAAGAAAUGCAAGGAAGCGAGCGACCUGCAGGCCAGAGUCACCCAAGAAGAGCAGCGGGUGCAGCAGGGCCUCUGGGAAUCCAUGGAGAUACAGAAGGCGGCGGCCGAGAAAGAGGCCAGCUGGGAACGUGCUCAGAAGGAGAUCCUCUCUCUGCAAAGAAAACUGGCAGACACGGAGUCGGGAGUCCAGGUCCGGGAGAAAGAACUGAUGGAAAGCCUGCGGGAGUGCCACGGCAACGAGAAGAAGCUCAAAGACGAGCUCCAUAACCUGGAGAUGAAGCUGAAGCAGGUGUGUGGGGAGGCCAAGAGUGCCCAGAUGCGCCUGAGCUCCACCAGCAGUCACGUCCGCAGCCUGGAGCUGGAGCUGGACCAGGCCGAACGCACCAGGAGAGAGGCCGAGGUCAAGCUGAGCAAGCUCCACUCGCUGCUGCUCCGGGAGCUGGGCCUCAGGACCCCGCCAGGAAGAGCGCCCUCCCCGGGCAAAGGGUUUGAGAGCGCCGUGGCGGCAGAUGGGCGACAGGCUUCGGCCCCUCAGUCUGGAUCCCCAGAGAGGAGCCAGGCCCAUUCCCCAGUCAGGUGGGCCUCUCCCUCACGAGGGGGCUUCUGUCUCACUGAGGUGGACAUCGGAGCUGUUCGAGAGGCCUUGAGAGACCUUCUGCAGAACCUUCGAGACACACAGAGAGAGAAGGAUAACUCACGGAUCCAGGUAGUGAACCUGACCUGUCAGCUGAACGAACUGCAGGGUGACUUUGAACAGAGCAAGGCUCGCAUUCUGCAGCUGCAAAAGCUGCUGGCAGAUGCCGAGGAAGGCAAGCGAGGGGCUGACGGGCGCCUCAGCAAUGCCCAGGCGGCCUUGAUGCUGCAAGAGGAAACUAUCCGGCAGGUGGAGAGGGAACAUCAGGAGUGCUCCGAGCAGAUGUCAAUGCUGGAACACAGCAUCCACAUGAGCCAGGAGGAGAAAAGGAGCCUGCAGGAGAAGGUCAGCAGCUUGAAGGCCAAAGAAGCCAAACUGGACUCAGAGAAAUGGAAACUGAAAGAAGCCCUGGAAGUCUCCGAGUGCCGGGCCGCCAAGCUGGAGCUGAGUCACCAGGCCACCCAAGAGGACCUUCAGCGGGCUCAAAGGAAUCUGAGCACCUGGGAAAUAGAGGUCCAGGCCUACCGGGAGCAAGUGCAGGUGCUUGGGGUCCAGCUAGAGGAGAGCACAACUAGACUGACCUCUCGGCUACAGGAGUUAGACCAUCUGGGCCACGAACUGGCCAGGACCGAGGAGGCAGAAAGGCACCUCAAGGAACGUGUGCAGAGCCUCACUCAGGCCCUGGCUGAUGCAACCAGUGGCUCCUGUGGUCUCCAGGAAGAUGUGGCCCAGCUCCGCAAGGCCUUGGUGUCUGCCGAAGGUGACCGGAGGCUACUGCAGGAACACCUGGAUUCUGCCCGCCAAGCCCUGUGUGACAGUAAGAGAUACAGCCACAGCCUGGCAGAACGAGGGAAGAGGCUGGAGAACCAGCUGGCUCAGAUGGAGCUGAGGUGCCAGGACCUGGAAGGGCAGCUGGAGUAUCUACAAAGGAUUGUGCACAGACAGCGACAAAGCCAGGAGGAGGCCUUCGCCUCAGCCCAGAAGUUCCAGAGGGAGAAUAAAGCCCUGCAGGAGAAAAUCUCUACCCUGCAGAGAGCUCUGAGUCGCCUGGAGAGAGAGCACAAGGAGCUGGAGCGGUCUGCUGACAAGCUGGAGAAGGACAACCAGGCUCUGAAGAGAACCCUCUGUAAGGUAUCCAGGAAGACAGAGGCUGGAAGGCGCCCGUAA